AUUACCUUCAUUCGUCUAUGGGUUGUCUAGGGCUAAGGGGAGGCUACCGUGCGGCGAACAUGCGGCAUCAGCAUAUGCAUAGCAUAAUUGGCAUUGCAUGUGUCUUGACUUGCGGGUAGUUCUCAGGCUUGAGCUUCGUCUCAGGGUUGUCACAGGCGCAUACGCUCUCAUUUUUCUGAAAUCCGAGUAGACCUCUACACUGCGUAUAUCACCGUCUAAUAGAAUCAGAUCUGAGGACGAGUACUAGGCUCACUAUCGUCAUGAUCACUGCUUCCCCGAAGAUCUGCCCAUCUGGUUCAUAUGAACCAACCACUGCGGACAUUCUCAUAGUCAAACAAUACUUCAAGUUAUUUUCCAUUCCACUUCCAGACGAACUCGUCGAUGACAUUAUCGAUGCUGCCUGCUAUUGGGCACACUCCUCUAUAACAGUUGAUCGUAGCGCUGUUGUCCAUGCUGGAGACAUGAUGUACAUGCGCACAUUGCCUCUUGCAGUAUAUAACACAGAAGGAGACUUCCUACUCGAAGAAAGGGGCUUGCUUGAAGAAGGGUUUGUCCUCGGAGGGCUACCUCCAACUGAGCUAAAAUGGGUACCGCCCACACUUGCCAAACCUUUUCGCAAAAUCGAGUUUCAGCUAUGGAGUCAUGACCAGGGCUGGGUCGGUGUUCAAGGUAGUCUUCCAGGCACGUACAAUGGCUCAUACUCCUGGUUCGACGUCGAUGUGGAGAGACUUGACCCCACUUCAUGUUUCACGGAAAGCAUCAGGUGGCCCUCUUCACUACUCUUCACCGCAGUUGAUGCACCAAAUCUGCCAGAUGACAUCACAUUUACUCGAAAGGACGUCAAGUGUCCAUUCUUACCAUCUCCUUCCACUCUCCAGAAAAAUAUUGUUGCGGAACGUCAAACAUCACAUCACACCAUCACUUGGACGGACCUCGACAAUGUUGAAGAAGGUUCAUCCGACGCGAUUGCAGCAGAGAAUAGGGGACAGGGAUGGAAAUCAUAUGAUGGUAGCUUUGUGCGUGACUUGCAAGUCGGAGACUGCAUUACUUUGUGGAUGAGGGCUCGCUUUCCAGGAUGGAUGAACAAUGCUGUGAAGGCGAAGAUAACAGUAUUUUGGGCAGUAUAGGCUGAUCUACAAGGUGGUGUCAAGAAAUGUGCACAAAUAACUUCCUGUAUAAUAUAUCUGUACAUGUACUUUCGAUGUUAAGCAUUGUAUCGUCUUCUACCCCGUACAUGGGAUUUCAAUUCAA